UGGAGGAUGAAGGAGACGCAGUGGCAAAGAGGGGAGGGCCGGCUGGAGACAGAGGUGGGCUGACACUGAGCAUAGAGAGGGUGACAGCUGCUGGUAAUGACAAGGUCAGGUUCAGGGAGGAAGCCACGUCACUGGAGGAGGGGGACCAGGAGCCAGGAGGCUUCUGCUGGACAGCCCAUCCUGCAGAUAAUGCUGUCGCUGAGCACUGUCCCUAGAGCAGUGUCAGAGAGAGGGCCACCAGUAGGGCUGAAACCCUCACGGGAGGAGCUGUUGAAAGGACAGUGAACCCACAGCCCAUGCACCGGCCCAGCCCCGGUGUGUCCUCGCUAAUGAAGCGCCUUCCCGAGUCUGCAUGCGGUCUGGAAUCCCUCCCAGGGAUGGGCCUGAUCCUGCACCGGACCCCUGCAGGCUGGUGGCCAGUCCGUUCCUUUCCUGCCUUCUGAGAGAUGUGCUGUUUCCUGGCCACGUGCUGAUUUGUGAGGGGAGAAGUCCAUCUCAUCCCAGUCCCCUUCCACGUGUCUCUGCAUAUCGUCCUGAGGCCGCCCCCCGUUUGUCGUUUCUCACCUGCACGCCCCUGGCAGUGUUCUGGGUCCCUGAGCCUGAGAAACGCCCAUGGCCCUCCUAAGUUGAGGUUCACAUGGUAAUUGCAUUGUUUCCCUGCAACUCAGGGCUGUCGACGCAGGAUGGAGCCGAGUGCAGGUGAAGCAUGAGCCCAGCGGCUAAACAGACCAGGGAGGACCCAGACCCCCAGUGUGCGGCUUCAGGAUGGCACGGGGUUGAGGGGGGGCCCUGAGGCAAAAACGGCGUCUCUGGACACAACUCACUCCCUCCCCGACCACACACACUCACGCACACACACUCACACUCCCCUUGGGGUUUCAUUCAGCCGCAGGGUGGUAGAGUCUAGUGCUGGGGGACAGAGAUUGAAAGGAGGUUGUACCAUCGCUACUUUUGCAGAGCAGUGACCCCCGCCCAGGAAACAAAGGCCCACUGGUGUCAGACUCCCUAUUUCUGUGUCCAGAUCGAUCAAUGGCCCCACUCUGUUCAGGAAGGACUAAGAAAGGAGGCGUGGUUCCUCCAGCCCUGCCCCUGGUCGCAGGUGAUGGGGAGAGCAGAAGUGGUGACCUGAAGGCCGGGGCUUCCCCUGGUAGCUGGGCCAGCCUUCUCGGCUGUGUUUGCUCUAGAAGUGUUUCCAUUUGAUAGCUCUAUUAGUAAACAUGAUGGAACAAAGCAAACUGGAGAUGAAGUGAAUUUAUCCCUAGAUAGCUUAGGAUCAAUAUAUUUGUAAUUAAUUCAACCACUGUCCUAAUCAGAGGUGGAGAGGAGAAAGCAAGAAACACACACGGAUACAUGAUAAAUGGUGACAGGCACGUCCUCGAAUCUCCCCCGCCCUCUCCCGCCUUCAUACCCGCCGUUUAAUGAGCUCAUUUAGUUCUAACCGACCCAGGAAGCUGCUACUUUUCCACUAACCUAAAAAAACACUUCGAUUUCCACCUGUGGCCAAUGAGAUGGCCUGUGUCCAGCCAGGCCAGCAGGUGGAUGUCUCUGAGGAUGACUUCCUCCCACGCCGUCAGGAAGUGAUGCGCUCAGUCUCCCUUCGCCCACCCAACCUCCCAACCACGGCCACAAGAUAUUAUUAAAAAAGAGAGAGAGAGAGAGAGAGAAGGAAUAUUCUUUUGGCCUUAGAAGAAUAUAACUGAGAGCUUCAAAAACAUUUUUCGUAACUUCACCCUUUUUUUGUCAUUAUUCCUGGUCCCUCGUUAGGAACACAUCUGUUCCAAUUUCUCUGACUUCUAUUAUCUGGGUCUCUUGCAUAGAAAAUAAAAAGCUCCCAUGAUGUGUUCUGACAGUGAUCAUGUCAAUGUCUUUGAUGUGACCCCUCGCUGACUUUUACUCUGCAUGCGAUGAUGAGGGUGAUGAAGCUGGUUUAACGAGCGUAAAUUCAGAAGCUGUGUGUCAAUCUAGAGAAGCAAGGACACCCAGCCUUCUUCACGCGCCCCCCGGCCUGACCAUCUUGCUUCUCUAGAAUGUUAACCUUCAUCUCAGCACCGCGUCAGGCAAUGUCCGGGUGGACCGCUCCCCAAAGGGGGGCGCAGAGGACAGGAGGAGGGGCCGACGUCAUCUGGGAAACUCUCCAAACUCUUUCCUCACGCUGUCUGUGCCCAGUGGACACGAGCCCCUCAUGGGCUGCAGGAGACGCCAGGAGCCCCGUCAACCUGGCUUAACUCUCUUUUUAAAAAAAAUUGCUUUAAUUGAAGCAUAGUAGACUUACAGCGUUGUGUUCAUUUCUCGUGUAGAGCAUCGUGUUUCAGUUGCGCAUGUAUAUGUAAAUUCUUUCUCCGAUUCCUUUUCAUGAUAGGUUAUUAACUGUCCUUUCUAAACAUGCUUGACAAAGGAACCCAUUUCCUGGACCUGAAAUGCAUUUUGGGGAUUGAUUUUACUGCGAGCAUUUGCAUUUAAUGUCCUUUUCUCCAUUUCAGUCAAAACCAUUAAGGUCUCUUUUCCACCACUCAAAAGAGGCGGCUUUAGUUUAUGGGUCCUUAGUGAAGGUAUACAAUGCCAGGGAAGGGCGAGUCGUGAGGGCUAGAAUGCUCCAGAAGGUGAGUCCUUUCCCCCUUCAGCUCUGCCAGGCCGGUGCAAGCGUCCACCAGGACGGCGCUUCCCUGGGACUAACAAGCCCCAUGAUUCGCUGUUUUCCCACGGGUCUUGGUUUGGCCAAGUCCCCCUUGACGCAAGGACGGGCAGUGGGGCACUUCCCAGAUCCCGGGAGACUCUGUCCCUUCCUGAUGGACAGCGGGGUUCUCACCCAUCUGAUAGCCUCCAGCUGCCCAUGGCUUUUGUCUGAGAAAUGUCCUGGCUGUGCGUAAUCACAGGACAACAUUCAACAACAAAUCUGCAUUUUUUCCAAAGGUUUGGUUUAGACCUAGGAAGAGACUCAUUGACAUAAGGCCAAAAUGGACACUGAGGUUGAUAAAUGUCUGUAUUCUGUUGAGUCCAGAGCUCAAACUGGAGAAAAAAAUUAAGAUCAGAGUGGAACCCGGAAUCUUUGAAUGGACCAAAUGGGAGGCUGGCAAAAACACCCCGACCCUCAUGACCUUGGAAGAGCUGAAAGAGGCAAAUUUCAACGUCAGCAUGGACUACAGGCCGGCCUUCCCCCUCGCCUCCCUCCUGCCGGCCGAGAGCUACCAGGACUUCGUGCACAGGUGCGCGGUGAGCAUGGGCCAGAUCGUCAGCGCCUGCCCGCAGGAUGCGGGCGUCACCCUGAUCGUGGGCCACGGCUCGGCGCUGGACUCCUGCACCCGCCCCCUCCUCCAGCUGCCGCCCCGGGACUGCGCGGACUUCGCCCAGCUGGUGAGAAAGGUCCCUUCUCUGGGGAUGUGCUUCUGUGAAGAAAAUAAAGAGGAAGGCAAAUGGGAGUUGGUGAACCCUCCAGUGAAGACGCUGACUCAUGGUUCAAACUCAGGGUUUAACUGGAGGAGCUGGACCCAGGGCAGCUAAGAGCCACCUCUCUGUUCGCAUAAUGUCACAACGAAGAGGCUGAACUCUUCGCAGAGGCUGUAAGACACUGUCAUUUGGAAGGGACCGUUAGUCUCCCCGAAUGCGAUUUGUAGAAGCACGGAGCGCACUUUCAGAUGCAGAGGGACGGCCGCUUCCACAGUGGCGCCUGCCGUCUGCACGCCCGUCCUCCCACGAGCUUGGCUGUGGGGAUGCCACCUUGGACCGCGUGCAUCCGCCAUGUGGCUUGGGGGCAGCUGAGGAGCCAUGACUCAGGUUUCCAGGAAUUAAAGACCCACCCCACACUCCCCAUAAGGAUGUCUCCACUUUAUUUUUUACGUUCUUAAUCAUCAAAUUCCCUAUCAUUUUUCCUUUUUCUGUUUCAAUCACUCUCUGGCUACUUCCACACAGGCAGAAAGAGGCAGAAAAUUGUCUCCCUUCUGUGAGUCCCUGGGCUCUGCCGAACCCACCCACACACCCAGGAAGACCUUCCUGCCUCAAGGUCCUUAACUUAAUCCCAUCUGCCAAGUCCCCUUUGCCCUGGGAAGUAGCACACUCACAGGUCAGAGGUGAGGGUGGGGACAUCUUGGGGGCCACUCUUCAGUCUGCCGCACCCCCAGUCCUUCCAAGGCAUGUCAGGGCUGCUCAGAUAGAGGCCCGGGUGUUGGGGUCUGGGUUCCCGCUUCACUAGGUCUCAAUUGUCUUCUCCUUUUCUCCCCUUCAGGCUAGAGGAGGAGGGAUGGGCGCUUCACAAAUGGAAGGAGUGGGUCCCGCCCCAACUAACAGGAAGGAGAGACCAGAGAAAGGACUCCCCCUUUCCCCCCGCCAGGGCAGUGAAGCCUCCAGAGAUGGUGUGAAUUCAGUGAUGCCCUGAGUUUGAUAAAGUUGGUCCAGGCAGUGGAUGAGGGACCCCAGGGGUGUCCUCUCACCCCGGCCCUGCUCAAGAAAAAAAAAGCCCUCCAAGUGCUCGGGGGUUGGGGGGGCACCAUCGUCCCUGGAGGUGCCCCCCCAUCCCCCUGUUUUCUCUC